AUGGAUCAAGCCUUCUGGGAAAAGAGAAGCCCCACCUACGAGUACGUUCAGAAGCACUGGGCAGAGGACGAGUUCUUUGGCUACCAGUUUCUGAAUGGCAUCAACCCAAUGAUGAUCCAGCGCUGCUCAAAGCUGCCAGAGAACUUCCCCGUCACAAAGGAGAUGGUCAAAGACUCCCUGAGAGGAAGCACCUUGAAGCAGGAGAUGCAGAAUGGGCAUAUCUUCCUGUGUGACUACAAGAUCUUGGAUGGACUGAUGGGAAAUGAAGUCCAUGGCAGGCAGCAGUUUCUCACCGCUCCAUUGGUCUUACUCUACAACAACCCAGAGGGAUUGAUGCUGCCCAUCGCCAUUCAGUUAAUGCAAAAGCCCGGAACUGAGAACCCCAUCUUUCUCCCCACUGACUUGGAGCAUGACUGGCUUCUGGCCAAGAUCUAUGUCCGAAAUGCGGAGUUUGCCCUUCACGAGGUCGACUUCCACCUGCUGAGAACUCACCUGCUGGCAGAAGUGUUCACCAUGGCAACAUUACGGAACCUUCCCUCCAUGCACCCGCUCUUUAAGCUCCUGUUUCCCCAUAUCCGAUACACACUCCAUAUCAACAUCAUGGCGCGGAAUAAGCUGAUAUCCAAGGAAGGAUACUUCUCAAAGUAUUCAGCAAUAGGUGGAGAUUCAUUGCCAAAGUUGCUGAGGCUUGCGACUGCCUCCCUGACCUACAGCUCCCUCUGUCUGCCUGAGAACAUCUCUGAUAGGGGCCUGGGGGACGUUCCCAACUACUACUACAGAGAGGAUGGCACUAAACUGUGGAACAUCAUAGACAAAUUCGUUGAGGGGGUCUUGACGCACUUCUACAAAUCUGAUCACUGUGUCCAGAGGGACAACGAGCUUCAGCAGUGGAUCAGAGAGAUUUUUGCCAACGGAUUCUUGGAAAACAAAAGCACAGGAAUACCACAGUCCUUUAACACAAUGAAAGAUCUCAUCAAGUUUGUCACCAUGGUGAUUUUCACUGUGUCAGGCCAGCAUGCUUCUGUCAACACUGGCCAGUUUGACUUUGGCGGCUGGAUGCCCAACUUCCCCAGUGCCCUUAGAAAGCCCCCUCCCAAACACAAAGGCCAGACCACUGAGGACAUCAUCCUGGAGACCCUACCUGAUAUGGGCACCACUGUGAACACAAUGGCUAUCUUGAAAACGCUGACCGGGGAUUCUUUCGACCAUUAUCCACUGGGGUCUUUCCAUGAAGAAUGCUUUGAGGAGGAAGUCCCUUGCAAGCUCAUGACGAAGUUUAAGGAGGACCUGAAGUCACUGUCAGGCCUCAUUAAGAAGAGGAACGCCAAACUUGAGCUGCCCUAUACCUUCCUGGACCCUGAUUAUGUGGACAACAGUGUGGCCAUCUGAGAUGAUUCACCCUGCUGCUGGGAAGAGUGCUGUGCCAUGUUGUGUCUGCUCAUCACCAUCAGUUUAGAUUUGAUGGAUUUGAUUUAAAGUCUUUUUACCCCAUGUUACGUCCUCCUGCCCCUAGGGGUCACUGUUUUCCCUUGUUCCUAUUUCUGUUGCUUCGCCUACUGCUUUGUUUGUGUGCAGGUGUUGCCUGUCAGCCGGGGGCGAAGCCCGAUACGUUUUAAGGCCGGGAUGGCGUCCAGAACGGUCUCAUUCAACUGCGUGCAGCCACGCUAUCCGGGCCUUCCUCGUUGUCCUAUUUUGACUUUGAAAUUUUCCUGUGUUCUAUUUCGCCUUUUUGUUAUUAAAACCCCCAAGACACGA